AUGACCUUUUCUGGUUAUCAGAAAGUGCUGAUGAGUAUAGAUAGCUCUUCAAAGAUUCUCUGGAAACCUGAUAUUUCUAAUGAGUUAAUUAAAACUGUUAGCUUUGCUAAGACCAUAGCAGCAAGAUUUAAUAGCAAAGUUGAAAACAAAAGAUUACCUGCAAUUAAACUAUCUCAAACUAACCCUUUAUUAGUAGCUAAUACUCUAUCUGUAACUAACCCUUCAUUAGUAGCUAAUGCUUUAUCUGUAACUAAGCCUCUGUUAGUGACCAAACUUCCUUCGGCAAUUAGACCUUCAUCAGUGACUAAGUCUUCAUCAGUGACUAAUUCUUCAUCUGUGAAUAAGCUGUCUACACGAACUAGAAGCAAACACAAGCUGUUGGACUUGACAAAAGACAUAUUAACUAAUUCAACUGAAUUAGAUCAGUUUGG